AUGGCAUACAAAGGACCCCCAAAGGUACAGAAGGUUAUGGUACAACCCAUUAACCUAAUCUUCAGAUAUUUACAAAACAGAAGCCGUGUACAAAUAUGGCUUUACGAGAAUGUGAAUUUGAGAAUCGAGGGUCACAUUGUUGGUUUCGAUGAAUAUAUGAAUAUUGUUUUGGACGAGGCUGAAGAAGUUCACAUGAAAACCAAAAACAGGAAACAAAUCGGAAGAAUUAUGAUGAAAGGAGAUAACAUAACGCUUAUACAAAAUGUAAACCCGAACGCUACAGUGUGA